GCAGAGAAGUAAUGUUUAUGAUAGGCGAUAAGCACGAUAGGCACGCUAGAUAUUCUGAACAUAGCACGAAUAUGUGUCGAAAAAAUCCCCAUGAGAUGUAGUGGAUUUUCAGGAAAACUGAAGUGCAGUUAACUCUUUGUGAGGCCGCCCCAAAUGGUGCGAAAAUAUGCCGAAGACGUACGAUGUUCGCGUGACAACUCUCGAUGCAGAGUUAGAGUUUUCUGUCGAGAGGAACUGCACUGGAAAGGAUCUGUUUGAUCUGGUUGUGCGAACAUUAGGCGUGCGAGAAACUUGGUAUUUCGGUUUGCAGUUUGUAGACAAGAAAGACAUCGUUACAUGGUUAAAAUUCAACAAGAAGGUUUUAGAUCAAGAUAUUCCAGUGGUGAAGGAUGAACCAGUUAGCCUUAAUUUUCGCAUUAAGUUCUUCCCUGAGGAUGUGGCAGAAGAGCUGAUGCAAGAAAUCACUCAGCACUUGUUUUUCUUACAAGUGAAAGAGGCCAUUCUAAAUAUGGACAUUUUCUGUCCCCCAGAGGCUUCUGUUCUGCUGGCUUCAUAUGCUGUGCAGGCUAAGUAUGGGGAUUAUGACAAAGAGUUCCACACACCAGGAUUUCUGGCAAAAGAUUUGCUGCUACCACAGAGGGUUAUUGACCAAUAUCAGAUGACCUCAGACAUGUGGGAAGAGAGAAUCACCUCAUGGUAUGCUGAACACAAAGGAAUGAGAAGAGACGAAGCUGAGAUGGAAUACUUAAAGAUUGCACAAGAUCUUGAGAUGUAUGGUGUAAGCUAUUUUGAAAUCAAGAACAGAAAAGGAACUGAACUGUGGCUUGGUAUUGAUGCACACUGCCUCAACAUUUACGAAAAAGAAAAUAAGCUCAACCCUAAAAUUUCCUUCCCAUGGAAUGAGACAAAGAAUAUCUCCUUUCAUGACAAAAGGUUUCAGAUCAAACCAGCUGAUAAGUCUUCACCAGAUUUCAUUUUCCACGCAGCAAAACUAAGAGUUAACAGAGUGAUUCUUGACUUGUGUGUGGGUAACCAUGAACUUUUCACGCGAAGGAGAAAGCCUGAUACGAUGGAGAUACAACAGAUGAGAUCACUGGCCAAAGAAGAGAAAAUGAGAAGACAGAUAGAGAGAGACAAGCUCAUGAAAGAACAGCAAGCGCGUGAAGAAAUGGCGCAACAAAAGGAAGAAUUGGAGAAAAGAUUGACUGAAUUUCAAGAUGAAGCAAAUCGAUCUAAAGAAGCUUUGAUUAAGUCUGAGGAAAUGGGGGAAUUGUUAGCAGAGAAAGCCAGAGUCGCAGAGGAAGAAGCGGCGCUGCUCGGGAAGAAAGCUUCUGACGCUGAAGAAGAAAUAAAAAGACUCAGAUUAUGCGUUAGUAAGUCAGGAGACGAGCGAAUCGCGAUUGAAAGAAGAGCUCGUGAAGUCGCUGAAGAAAGACUGAGACGAGUCAUGCAAGAGGCCGAAGCCAGAGCGAGGGAAGCUUUGAUGCUGAGAGAAGAUUUAAUGAAGUCCAGACAAGCUGAGAGGCUAGCUAAACAAAAGCUGAUGGAAAUGACUUCGUCUCCUGAUUUUUUCUCUAGGUACGGGGAUCCAAGGGAAAUAAUAGCCGACAUUGACCGCAGUGUUGAGCAGUUAACAGAUGGCGAGGUUUCUCAGCUUUCACGAGAUUACGAGAGAGAGAGAAACAGAAAUAUACAGCAGCAGUUAAGAGAUCUCAAAUCACAAAUGGAGGGACUUAAGAUCGAUGACAGACAAACACGCUGGGAUUACAUUCAUGAUGAAAACAUGAGACGCGGGGAAGAUAAAUAUUCUACCUUACAAAAGAUUCAAACAGGAACUUCUACAGCAAGGAUUCAAUUUUUUGAAGAGUUAUGAUAGAGUAUCUUUGAAGAAAAAAGACUUUUUCCCAGUAUUUAAUUCAUUAUGCGUUACUGAGAUAUUUAAUACAGAUUGUACAAGUUCAUUCAUCGUUCUCCACGGUGAGCGAGGCUCCUAACAGAAGUCGUUAUGAACAAAGGAUAUUUUUUUAUUUUAAUAAAACUAGCGCUUUUUGUUGGUAAUUUUAUGAAUGGUUCCCUACAAGAUGAAAUCUGUUUAAAAUCUGUAACACCAUGCAAUCUGAUUUACAGUGUCACCAACGUUUGCAUUAGGGUUAUAACUUUUGUGUAAAUUUGCUUAGCUCUUUCAAAGAAAAUUCAAAUGGAGACAGCCCUGCAGGUAAUGGCAACCAAUUAAUCAUAUUUUGGGAAAAAGAGCUCAAAUUUUGUUUGGCUGUAUGCAAUAGAGAUAGAUACGUAUGGGUUUUUAAUGGACGGGGGGGGGGGGGG